AGCUAUAGAUGACGCGUGGAAUGAAAACAAAAGAUGCGUACGGAGAAAUUAAAGUAAGUUUUGGCUAUCAAUGCAAUGACGAAAAAGGCAAUUCUUGUGACUUAUCUGAUGGUAUUGAUAUCCCAUCUGGAAUUAAACUACGAAGAACCAACAGUUCCUUCUCCUGCCUGUCUGGGGCUGCCUUAAGUGCCAAUGCCACAUUGGCUAACACAAAUAUUUGCAAUGGAUUAAUUGGGGCAGAAAUACUCCCUACUUGGGACUCCCCCAAUUCAUUUCGGAAGAUUCCUUCUUCACCCUCACUUUCAAAGUUGGAUCUGUUAUCAUCGUCUCUCCAGAGUAGCAAUUCAAACUUGAGCUGUAGUCCAUCCACUACAAGUGAUCUACUUGAAUAUGAUUCCUUUUCUUUGAAGUCCAUGAGUGCUCCUUCCAGAAGUGAAGGUUUCCUAAAUACUAUGGAAGUACAAGUGGCAGGUGGUGCUGCCGGUGAAGACAGAGUUCAGGCCGUUUGUUCUGAAGAGAAUGGGUGGCUUUUCUGUGCCAUCUAUGAUGGCUUCAAUGGAAGAGAUGCCGCCGAUUUUCUUGCUGGAACAUUAUAUGAAACUAUUGGGUUUUACCUUAACCUCUUAGACUGGGAAUUCAAGCAGGAUCCAAUUAGAGCUUCUGAUAGUUUGGGUUCAGAUGGGUCCCUUCACUGUAAUCUUGAUGUUUACAAUAGAAAUGAGGGUAAUAUUGCUAUAAAAAAUGCUAACAAGGGCACGUAUCUUGAUUACUAUGUCAAUAGACCUUCCUGCGCUGAAUGGGGAAGAUCAUCUGAUUCAUUCAAACAUAGGGUCCUUGAUAGCCUUCAACGUGCUCUUGGUCAAGCAGAGAAUGAUUUCCUGUACAGGGUUGAACAAGAAAUGGACAACCGUCCCGAUUUAGUGUCAAUUGGAUCUUGUGUUUUAGUUGUGCUUCUCCAUGGGAAAGACUUGUAUGUGCUCAACUUAGGUGAUAGUCGGACUGUAUUGGCAACAUAUGGUGAAGGCAAUGAGAUGAAUGAGAAUAAUGGACUGCUGGCUAUUCAGCUCACUGAUAGUCAUACUGUUGACAAUGAAGUCGAGAGAACCCUACUUUUGUGUGAUCAUCCAGAUGACCCGACCACAGUUGUAGCUGGAAAGGUGAAAGGAAAGUUGCAAGUCACUCGGGCAUUAGGAGUCGGCUACUUAAAGAAGAAAAAUAUGAAUGAUGCUUUGAUGGGUAUUCUUCGGGUUCGUAAUCUUAUAAGUCCACCAUACAUCUCCAUUCAGCCGUCACUUAAAGUCCAUGAAAUUUCGAAUUCUGAUCACUUUGUCAUACUUGGAAGCGAUGGUUUAUUUGACUUCUUCAGCAAUGAUGAGGCAGUGAUGCUUGUACAUUCUUAUAUCUUAAGCAACCCUUCGGGUGAUCCAGCAAAGUUUCUAUUGGAGCAGCUUGUAGUGAGAGCAGCUGAUUGUGCAGGUACAGUGCCAAUUGUCUUGGGCUCAAAUACGAUUAUUCUUUCAUCUCUGUUGUUUUAUGAUUUAAGUACUUCAAAAUCUUGAUUCCAUCUAAUAAGAACACCUUUAUGAUAUGCCCAUUACUGAUGCUUAAUCUGACAGCAUUGAUGCACUCUGCUAUGUUUCCUUAUCUUUGAAUAAAAAUUGACUAGGUUCAGAAUUUUUUGCACAUUAAGGUGGUCAACGAAAGAAUAACACUAAGGGCUUGUUAAAUCCCACCUUUAACUUACAGGUUGAACCUACGAAAAGUGUAUGCAACCAAAUCUAUUAUCAAAAUGCCCACAAUUUGGUCCCACAAUUCUCAAUUGUUCAAAGCAUUAAUUUACUGUUGCAGGUUUCACCAUGGAGGAGUUGAUGAAUAUCCCAGCUGGUAGGCGAAGGAAAUAUCACGAUGAUGUAACAGUAAUUGUGAUCAUCCUGGGGACAAAUAAGCGCACUUCAAAGGCAUCAACAUGCCUAUAAGUUCUUCUACAUAUUAUACAAUACCAGCACUACACACAAGUAUUUCCUUCAUAUCAUGUGACUGCAUUGGAGUCGGUUGCUGAAGUCACUUGCCUACAAGACAGUCUGUUAGUUAGUUAGUCGUUGCUGGCAUUGUAACUAGGAUUGACUAUAAAUACUUGUAUUCUGAACUGAAAAUGUAAUGGAAAAUAAUUGUUUCUCUUACCUUCUCUGUGUGCCUCCGUCUUCUUCUCCAAGCUUUCUAUGAAAUCUAACACAACAUCCUUUUCAUUUCAUAUUCUGUAAUUUGUGAUCAUUGUUUUUUUUGGGAUUGAAAACCUUAAAAUUUUGUCG